AUGACGACGCGCGCUCCGGACGACGGCGACGCGCGACGCGGUCGCUCGACGACGGGCGCGUCGUCGGACGCCUUCGUCGAGGGCGACGCGUUCGAGUACGCGCGCCGGACGACGGCGAACACGACGGGGCAGCUGACGUGGCCCGCCGCGCGCGCGCUCGCGGCGUUUCUCGACGCGAGCGACGCGCUGCGGCGCGCGCGCGAGGUGCUCGAACUCGGCAGCGGUAACGGUUGGCUCGGCCUCGCGGUGCUGCGCGCGCGCGGCGCGCGCGACGUGCGAGUGACGAUGACGGAGACGACGGAAGGCGGCGCGCUGCGAUGGCUCGAGGCGCGGGCGCGGGCGAACGCGGCGUGGGGACGGAUCGAGGGCGACGACGGCGCGCGCGCGCGGUGUCGAGCGUUGAAUUGGAACGCGUUUUCGUCCGACGCGGCGGCGAGCGACGCGGGCGACGCGGGCGACGGCGAGGAAGGCGCGAACGCGGACGCGAGGGGCUCGGCGAGGACGGAGGACGAGACGCCGCUCACGGCGGAUUCGCCCGAACUCGCCGACGUCGACGUCGUGCUCGGCGCGGAUUUAGUGUACGACGACGCCGGUGUCGUCGCGCUUCCGCGCGUCGUCAAGGCGUUGCUCUCGCGCGCGCGGUCGGGUGCGGUGUUUUAUUACGCGCACACCAAGCACAGAUACGACGGGAUGGAUUUGGAUUUUUUCGCGAACGUCUCGGCGAACGGGUUGACGUGCGAAGAGGUUCGCCCGCGCGGCGCCCCGAGUCCACCGCCGAGCCCACCGCCGUUCGAAUCGUUAUUUCCCGAUCAGCGCAUCGCUAUUUAUCGCAUCGCGCUCGCGUAG